CCGCGUAGCCGUCAAAUCUAAUGCGCCAUCACAGGCGGAUUGGACUUCCAUUUUUGUGUCGUUCUCAUUGUCUGCCUGCCUGUUGAGGUUUUUUAUUCCUCCCUGAGGUCACUGGUCUAAGGAGAGUGAUGCUGCACCUGAGCGCUGGGCGUCUGGGAGGCCUCCUGAGCAGGAGGGGGCUCAUGGCCGUGUCCACCAGCAGUGUCAGGAUGGGCCAUGGACAUGCGGUGGAGCAGGCGGACGUGUCGGUGCCCAUGUAUGCGGACCGCAUUGACACCCCGCUGCCUGACAAGGCCUUCAAGGACGAGCUGACGGCCGCCGAGAAGAGCCUGAAGCAGAAGGAGAAGGGGCCUUGGACACAGCUGAGCAAGGAGGAAAAGAUGGCCCUGUACAGGAUUGCGUUCAACAAGACGUACCCGGAGAUGAAGCAGCCGACGGGGGAGUGGAAGACGGUGGUGGCCGGCAUGCUCUUCUUCUUCGGCUUCACCGGACUCAUCGUCAUCUGGCAGGGCAUGUACGUGUACCCUGCCACCCCGCGCACCUUUGAUGAGGACUGGAAGGCCCGGCAGAUCCAGAGGAUGCUGGACAUGAGGGUCAACCCCGUGGAGGGCUUCGCAUCCCAGUGGGACUACGAGAAGAAGCAGUGGAAGUAGACCUGCGCUCCACACCACUACACCUGCUUGUGGAUGUAUGUGUAUGUAUGAGUGAUUUAGUGUGUGUGUGUGUGUGUGUGUGUGUGUGAAUGUGUUUGCACACUCUGGCAGAGUGGGUGGAGCAUUGCACGUUGUUGUCAGCACGCAGCCUUCCUUGUAAAUAUCUGCCGAUUUCUCUCUUGUAAGAGAGUCCUAACUUAACAUGAUUGUAUUGUGGCUCCCGUCCACUGUGGUUUGUAAGCUGUCAUUCCACAACCCAAACCCAACCGUCCAGCUGCAGCAGCAUUCAUGACCAGGGAUGAUGAUGAUGAUAAUGAUGAUGACCCGUCCUGACUGAACCUGACCUUCAUCCAGACCGCAGUUUGCCUUGUUUGCCAUUUCACCUGCUCUCCAGGGUUUCCCACCAACUAACCACCCCAGUACAGAACGAGCAUCAUGGGCAUGCAUGAGACUAUUCUUGGGCAUCUUUGUAUAUCCACUUGCAUUGAUGUGCAAAUUCAGAUUUCUUCAUAUCAGCAUUUUUUUUAUCUUCACCAUAAAACCUCUGUUUUGGCAUUCAGUGCCAAAUACUGCAUAGAUGCAAAUGAAAUGCCAAUGGUGUAUACGGGCUGUCUGGAUAUGUCAGCAGCAGUUCAGGAGGAAACUGUCAGGUCAAGACUGAACACACUUGUUCCACAGCAAUGAAUGUACUGUAAAACAAACAAAAAACAAAUCUUAAAGUCUCAUGUCACAUGGCGGCUACUGAAUAAAACCUUACGUGGCAAAAACA